AUGCAGCGGCCGGGGGAGCCGGGUGCAGCGCGCUUCGGCCCGCCCGAGGGUUGCGCCGACCACCGGCCGCACCGCUACCGCAGCUUCAUGAUCGAGGAAAUCCUCACUGAGCCUCCGGGGCCCAAGGGCGCAGCUCCAGCCGCCGCCGCCGCCGCCGCGGGCGAGCUGCUCAAGUUCGGCGUGCAGGCUCUGCUGGCGGCGCGGCCCUUCCACAGCCACCUGGCCGUACUGAAGGCCGAGCAGGCGGCAGUGUUUAAGUUCCCGCUGGCGCCGCUUGGCUGCUCCGGGUUGGGCUCGGCGCUGCUUGCCGCGGGGCCUGGGUUGCCCGGCGCUGCCGGCGCGCCGCACCUGCCGCUCGAGCUGCAGCUCCGCGGGAAGCUGGAGGCGCCUGGCGCCGGGGAGCCGGGCACCAAGGCCAAGAAGGGGCGUCGGAGCCGCACCGUGUUCACCGAGCUGCAGCUGAUGGGCCUAGAGAAACGCUUCGAGAAGCAGAAGUACCUCUCCACGCCCGACAGAAUAGAUCUCGCCGAGUCUCUGGGUCUGAGCCAGUUGCAGGUGAAGACGUGGUACCAGAAUCGAAGGAUGAAGUGGAAGAAAAUAGUGCUGCAGGGCGGCGGCCUGGAGUCUCCCACCAAGCCCAAGGGGAGGCCCAAGAAGAACUCCAUCCCCACAAGCGAACAGCUCACGGAGCAGGAGCGCGCCAAGGAGGCGGAGAAGCCGGCGGAGGCGCCGGGCGAGGCCGGCGACCGGAGCCACGAGGACUGA